AUGACGGCACAUCUCUUCCAGAAGGCCUUCAGAGUCGGAGGUGAAUCUCUUGCAAACGAAGACCCCGCUCCUCAGAGUACCCCUUUUUACUUUCUCAUCCCCAGUCGCGUUUCAUCCUCUCAUAAACACUCUUCUAACCAGCCUCGCAUUCAUACCAACACUGUGAUUGUACCAUGCCUUCAGCCGACUUCCAGUCGAUCUGCUGUGACUGGCAGGCCUCCUCGGCCGCCAUUUUGCUCGUCUUCCCGGGCCGAUGGAGUCGUCGAUCGCAUUAAAUGUAUUGUCCCAAUCCAGAAGGAGUCGUGUUGCCCAGGUCACCUUGGCUGUAUGCAGCUUGUCUGA